AUGUCUAUGUCUAAAAGGCUUUUAAGAGAAAUAAGCUCUGUUAAGGAAGAUCCAAAUGCUCAUAUAACUUUACAAUUUGUAAACGAAAGUGACAUUCAUCAUUUAAAAGGUACAUUUCUGGGACCUCCAGGUACACCAUAUGAAGGAGGUAAAUUUAUUGUUGAUAUUAAAGUUCCAUCAGAUUACCCAUUUAAACCACCCAUUAUGAAAUUUGAUACAAAAGUAUAUCAUCCAAAUAUUUCUUCCGUUACUGGAGCUAUUUGUUUAGAUAUUUUAAAAAAUGCUUGGUCACCAGUUAUAACUUUAAAGUCUGCUUUGAUAUCUUUGCAAGCAUUAUUACAAUCACCUGAACCAAAUGAUCCACAAGAUGCAGAAGUUGCUAGACACUAUUUGUCAGAUAAAGAAUCAUUUAAUAAAACAGCAGCUUUAUGGACAAGAACUUAUGCACCAAACGAUGAAGUGCAAACCAACACCGGGAAUGUAACAGCAGCAACAGACCCUUGCGAAAUGUUUGGCAUUGAGAAAAAUUUGGUUGACACUUUAUGUUCCAAUGGUUUUGCUAAAGAUUCUGUUAUUGAAGUUUUGAGAAGAUAUGGUGUAAAGAAAAGUUCGCAGGUUAACAACGAAUUAAUGAAUAAAAUAAUAGAUGAUUUAUUAAAGAAUUAG